AUGGCCUCCGAGACCUUGUCACUCUUUCCCUCGCCUGUCUGUUCAAUUCCUCCAAAGUCGUGUCUGAGACAAGCCGAGGACAUUCACAUGAGACGAAACACACCCUCGCCUGUACUCAGUUCGAAGCCAUAUCCCUCAGGAAAACUUCGAGGACUUGCUUUGCAGUUUACUCCUCAAGUCUACAAGCCCUCGUCCGUUCAGUCACUAGAAUCAGUCGCAACUCCAUCCUUCUCGAGCCCUGCAUCGAGUCGCUCUCCAGAAGAUACUAGUAUGUUGAGCUCUUCCCCACCAUCAGAGAUAGCUGCGAGCACUCGAAGAAGGCCAGCCGUUGCUAUCCGCAAGAUAUCAAUCGACACCACUUCUAGCGACACACGUUCCGACUUCUCAGGACCAACGCUUGUGCGGUCCAACAGUUGCUCCUCAGCCCAACCGAGAGUCGUGUCGCCUCCCAUCAAGUCAAUGUUUCCAGAGUAUGACCCGAGUCUGCCACUUUCGCAACAGCGAUACUACCCAACAGAAAAUCUGCCUCGACCAAGUCUUGAGCGUAGUGCAAACUAUCAUCAUCAUACUCUUGCAGACAUGCCAUCACCUACUUCGCCAACGCCUGCUGCAGGUCUCUCGCAGCUGCAAGCUUUGUGGAAUGCUGCUAGUGGCCAGAACGGAGUGUUUCAUUCUGAGAAGAUCAAGUUGACUAUGCACCGAGAUGACAUCGGUGUUGGCUUGACAGCGACUGAAGUACGAUUAGGAUCACGAGAAGGUCGUACACUCUACUCUGUGUCUCCUUCGGAUGUAUCGAGCGAGCUUACGGUUCGCCGACAUCAUCCAGCUAGGACUGGCAUUGUGCCUGUCGCUCAGUUGGACGUAGCAGCUCUUCAGGAACACGCAAAGAACGAAACGACCAUUUUUCCACAACAAGCAGCAUUUAACGCACUGGAAGCAAUAGCCACGACGCAUAGAGGCAAUGCUAUCGCACAGUAUGAUCCUCGAGCAUCGUCACCACAAGCUGCACAACUAGCGUUCGACGCAGUGGCCGAAGCCAAAGCCCACGAGUCUUGUCAACUUGUCAAGAUCUCUCAAGGCGUCAGUGCAUAUGGCAUUCAGGAGCACAGCUAUGAGCUGAGACACGCACGUGCAGGAACCUUCGCUAUCUCGAUCGAUGGCGCAUUCGACUUUGCGACACGAAGCAAUGCAAAGAUUUAUCUGCACCAGCCGACGAGUUCGGAGAAGCCACUGGCUAAACCUUCUAAGCUUGUUUGCCUUGACUUGAGUACAGAGACGCUGGAAGUUGAUGUGGCCUCGUUCCGAAGGCUACAGAGCAAGUACAUGAUUGACAGCACGAUAUGUGCCGUUUUGGCUGUUGGGUUUGCGGAAAGCAGACUGGCUGAGACCAAAGCAAAAGCAGAGACGUUCGCAGCACCACCUCGAAAUUCGAAGAAGAUCAAUGAAGCUCAGAAGAAGGUAAAGAACAGCCGCUGGCGGCGAAGCAAGAAGAAUGGCAAGAAGGAAGUCGCGGAUGAACAGGAGAAGCUGCCAAGCAUGACUCGGGGUGUAUUGUUUCUGCUUGGGUUCUCGUUUGAGGCGAUAGUAUGGCUGCUCGGGUUGGGGGUCAAGGUGUUGAGCAAAGUUAUCGUUUGUGCCAGUGGGACUGUUAGCAAGAAGUGA